UCCUGCCCGGUUCCAUAGAGACAGCGGUGCGGACUGAUACAUUUUGGGUGCUGCGGCAUAAUAUAUGAUAAGUAGUACGUUUUACUGCGUGGCAAAUACAAUGUGUGGCGUGAGAGCGUGACAAAAGACCGAAAUGAGUGACUGUCACGCUCAAUGCGUCACACUUGAUAGCCCUGCUUUAGAAAAUAGAUGACUGUAAGUAAUCUGCGCAUGCGCGAAUAAGAAGACCAAGACCAGCGAUCCAAGGUCUGCUUCAUUUUCUUCAACAGAAUAUUUGGAUCCUGUCAGUUGUAUUGUCUUUGCUAGAGAGCAGUUGGGAGGGAAGCAGAAAAGGGACCAAACACAAUUAAUUGUUGCCUUCAGUCUUCAGUGGGGUGGCCAUGAUCUCGGUUAUGAGCUCUGGUAAAUCACCUGCCUCGCCGUGUGCCUUGCUUGCCCUACCUGCCUCGCCGUGUCCCUUGCUCGCCCUACCUGCCUCGCUGUGAGCCUUGCUUCACCCACCUGCCUCGCUGUGUGUCUUGCUCGCCCCACCUGCCUAUGUUUUCAGGUCGUUGACUUGAACAAUAAGGAAAAGCUGCGUGUACUUGAAGAUAAAAACCGAAGGUACGGCUUGUUGGACUGCAGGAAAUACCUGUAUCAUCUGCUGAGGAUGUGAUCAGGAUGAUUGAGCAGGGGAGUGAACACAGGUUCUUUUAAGGCGGAAUAACCUGCUUCAUGGGAAGUUCUCGCUGCACAGAUGUCAGCAGCGAUGACGCAGACUAUGGCAAAGAUAAAUCGCAGUCUUCUAGCAUUGAGGGCACUGUAUGGUUUUCCAGAAUGCAUUUGAUCCCUUGGGCAGAACAGAGAACACAUCCCUUUCUGGACGAGUAAGCUAACUCAGGUGCUCCGAGACUCCAUAAUAGGAGAGAAAUCCAUGGUAAUUAGACCUGGCUCAUAUGUAAAAAUAUGGCCAUGAUCUCUGGUAAAUCACCUGCCUCGCCGUAUGCCUUCUCCCCCCCACCUGCCUCGCCGUGUGCCCUGCUCCCCCCCACCUGCCUUAUGUUGUGCCUUGUCGUGCUUAUGCUUACUCCAUGCACAUUCAUUCACCAGCUGUUUUGUUGUACACCACAUGCGCCAAUCACCUGCCUCACCGUGUUCCUUGAUCCCCCCUCCUGCCUCAUCGUGUGCCUUGCUCCCCGCAACUGCCUUUUUUUUGUUCUGGCCACAUUUCCUCAGAAAUGGCGAAGAAAGAUAUAGAUGUGGUGACGAUCCAUGGAAAUGGCGGCUUUACAGACAAUGGGUGGAGAAUUUUCAGGCAAGGCUCAGAACAGCCCUAAAAGAAUCUAUGCCCUGGCAGGUCUUUGACUUGUUAAACGAAAAGGCAAAGCUGCGUAUCCUUCAAGACAGAAAACAGCAGGUACAGGUUGUUGGCCUGCAGGAAAUUCCUGUAUCAUCUGCUGACGAUGUGAUCAGGAUGAUUGAGCAGGGGAGUGAACGCAGAAAAUCUGGCCCAACAUUUGCAAAUCCCCACUUGUCCCAUUCCCACACCAUCCUGCAGAUUAUUUUAAGGCAAAUUAAAAUGCUUCAUGGGAAGUUCUCGCUGGUGGACCUGGCAGGGGAUGAGCGAGCCACAGAUGUCAGCAGCGAUGACUGGCAGACUAUGGCAAAGAUCAAUCGCAGUCUUCUAGCAUUGAGGGCACUGUAUGGUUUUUCAGGUCAUUGUGUUCAGAUCUGUCAGGGAGACAGAACAUGGAGUGGCAGUCAGCCUGAAUGUGUCGUGACUUCAUGUGGUGCUCCACCCAUUGUGGAGAAUGCUGUUUCUUUGCCAACUGGUGAGUCAUACCAAAGCAAUGUGACAUAUAUUUGUAACGCUGGGAAGAACCUGGUUGGCCCACAGAACCUCACACGUCAGGCUGAUGGAACGUGGAGCUCACCUGCACCAACUUGUGAAGCCUCUAAAGGUUGUGAAAAGCCUGGAGGAUUCAUAAACUGGAAGGUUCUGGAACAGAGCAGCUGGAAGUCUCUCGAGUUUUUCUGCAAUGCGGGCUACACUCUACAGGGAGAGUCCCUUGUUGUCUUCAUGGGAAAUGGAUCUUGGAGUUCAACGUUUCCUAUUUGUACACAUAAGGCCACCAAUCACAAUUAUUCCACUGCCUACAUCAAAUCGCAUACAUUUACAGAGAACUAAAUGAACUAAAAAUAAAAUGAUUCAUUCA